AUGGCUCUGCGGCCGCCAGGUGAAGCCGGCCCCCAGGACAGGAUGUGCUUCCCCCCCGAGAGGCUCCAGAGCAGCCCCCAACACUUGACCCCCUACUACACGCCUUUCCCAUCCUACGGGCCCUACGGGAGCAACCUGAUGGCCGCCGAGGAGGAUUUCCAGUCUUUCCUGCAGCUGGAGGCCUCGGUGCCUGCGUCGCCGGCCAUGCCCCCUUUCGCCUUCGGGACCGCGCCUCCCUUCCUGAGCCCUGGCCUGGCCCUGCAGAGGGAGCCCCUCUACGAUCUGCCCUGGCAUGGCAAGCUGCCACCGUGGUACCCAUUUCCCUACUUCCCCAAGGAGCUGCAACCAUUCCCGAACGGUGGCCGCGAGGACAGCCGUGAGGAUCCUGGCGCCACCGGUAAAGACUUGGCCUACGCUGGUAGUCGAAGUGACAGCGGCCACUAUUAUGAACCUGAAAUUUUCAAUCCGCCGCCCCCUGUGGAUACGUCCCUCUUACCCGAGGGGCCGAAGACCUCCCAGUUAUUACCGUGCCUCCCCAGCCAGCAGUCUGAGGGUGGCCCCAAACUCCCGAACGAGGAGAGGACGUCUCAUCGUUACCACUUCACCCAGGAGGACCUGCAUCUAGUUCUGUACGGGGUCCUUCCCAGCCAAGAGCGCUCGACGGCCCUGCACCAUGCGGCUUCAGGCCUCCUGGUCCCCACAGACAACUCUGGAUCUAAUUCUCUCCCUCCAACUCUGGAUCAAAACUCCCUUCAGCUACCAGAAGGUCUCUGCUUCCGGCAGAUGCUGUUUGGCGAAGUCCCGCAUUUUGGUGUCUUCUGCUGCAGCCUCAUUGCCAAAGGAGUCAGGUUUGGGCCCUUUCAAGGUAAAGUGGUCAACGCCAGUGAAGUAAAGGCCUACGGGGACAAUUCUCUGAUGUGGGAGAUCUUUGAAGAUGGUUAUUUGAGCCACUUUAUAGAUGGUAAAGGAGGUGCAGGAAACUGGAUGGCCUACGUCAACUGUGCCCGUUUCCCCAAAGAGCAGAACCUAGUUGCAGUGCAAUGUCAAGGGCAAAUAUUUUACGAGAGCUGCAAGGAGAUCUACCAGAACCAAGAGCUCCUUGUGUGGUAUGGAGACUGCUAUGAAAAGUUUCUGGACAUCCCUGUGAGCCUUCAGGUGACAGAGCAGGGGAAGCGGGCGUCUGGGCUCUCUGAAGAGUCUGCAGAAGGUUACAGAUGUGAACGAUGUGGGAAAGUAUUUACCUACAGAUACUACAGAGACAAGCAUCUCAAGUACACCCCCUGCGUGGACAAGGGCGAUAGGAAAUUUCCCUGCUCUCUCUGCAAGCGGUCCUUUGAGAAGCGGGACCGGCUCCGCAUCCACAUCCUCCACGUUCACGAGAAGCACCGGCCUCACAAGUGUUCUACGUGUGGGAAAUGUUUCUCUCAGUCUUCCAGCCUAAACAAGCACAUGAGAGUCCACUCUGGAGACAGACCCUACCAGUGUGUGUACUGUACAAAGAAGUUCACCGCCUCCAGCAUACUCCGCACGCACAUCAGGCAGCAUUCUGGGGAGAAGCCCUUCAAAUGCAAGCACUGCGGCAAAUCUUUCGCGUCCCACGCUGCCCACGACAGCCACGUGCGGCGCUCACACAAGGAGGACGAGGCCUGCUCUUGCAGCACCUGUGGGAAAACCUUCCCGGAUCAAGAAUCCUUGGACCCCCACGUGAAGGUCCAUGACGACUGCUAG